AUGGGUGCAGCCAGCUGCCACAGCUGCAGCUGCAACUGCGAUGACGAUGGCAUGGAAGGCCGUGGCAACUUCACUGUUUUGCAGACCUCCUCCGCCAUGUGCCCAAACGAUGAUGGUGACGAGUGGCUUGCAGAAGCUGUGAUGGACCUCACAGCCAAAAAGUCCGAGCUCGAAGUUACCUUCCUGCUACCACGCACCGGUACGCAGACGCUCGUGUUCAAGAGAAAGCCUUUGGGCCUAGACUUCAACCGGCACAUGCCUGUCACUAUCAAGCACGUGCGGCCGGGAACACAUGCGGAAGAGUUAGGCGUUCAGGAAGGCUGGCAAGUGCAGGCCAUCCACGGAUACGAUGCAACUAGGGCUUCAUUCAAUGAUGUCUACACGGCUUUGAAAGAUGCGUCGGCAUUGCUGUGA